AUCUUUAUUGUCCUGCAAGACUCUAAAUAAUCUAGUUUUAGUUAAUCAAUCAGUUCCGCUUGAUUAAUUACACUUCCAUACAUUUACAAGUCAGUUUAAAAAUGAAAACGAAGGGAUUCACCAAACGACGUUAAUAACUCCAAUAAUAGGUGUGAAGAUGUAGGGGACAUGCCCAAGUAGCUACUUGUUCUAAGUUUGGAGCUUUGCACGUCAAUGCGUUCAUUCCAUUAUGACACUCUCUUUACGCUGCUCUGUUGUAAUUGAAGAGUUAGCUUCUGACAAGUGUACCGUUAAACGUCGCACAGCACUUCGUGAAUCGCAAAUUUCAGCAGUUAGAGAUGACUUACAGCAAAUUCUCAUACGUAUCACUCCUAUGGACAAUUCAGGCUGCAAAAAGAUGGUUAAGAAAAGUAUGGGUUAUCCAGUCAUUGAAUUAGAUCUUUACAAAAACUUUUUAUCACAAGGCAAAGCCACUAUAUGUUUACCAGUUCAUUCUGUAAGAAUAAUGAUUAGUAACUGUCCACCAGAUAAACUCCGUUUUUUCCUCGGGACUCUCCGUACCAAAUUAAAAACACAGAAGACCCACAUUUUGAAAAGACCAGUGCCACCGGAUGCUCCUCCUACAUCUAUUUCACUCCUAGAGGAAAUAAGUCCACUACCUCUUCCAAAGAAAGUCAACUCUCAUUCAAAAGUCAUAGAACCAUUUUCUUGUGACAUGUCUGUCAUAAACUUUCAAGAUGAAGUCUCAACUACCUGUUCACCAAGGUGUGGAUCCUUACGCUCAACUCCUCUUGUUUCCACUCCUGUACGAAAGGUCGCAGCAAAAAGUCGUGGAGACACUAAUCGAUCAUUUGGUCAUAUCUGUGAUUUACAAGAAUCUGAUAUUUCAAGUCAAUCAGGUCACGACGAACAAAUGACAGUUAUAAAUUUCGUAAAGCAAGGAUGCAAUGUUUUUUGUACUGGUGGUGCUGGGACAGGAAAAUCUCAUCUUAUUCGUCGUGUAGUUGGUCUACUUCCACCGGAGUAUACUGCUGUAACGGCUAGUACAGGAUCAGCUGCUAAUAUUAUUGGUGGAUUGACAGUACACGCGUUUUCAGGAUUAGGAGGUUUACUUGAGUCAGAUCUAAAGAUGGAUAAAGAUAACAUUUUGGUUUGGAUGGAUCUUUUGCGUACUCGUUUAAAAUUCCGUCCAGAUAUAGUAAUUCGCUGGCAAAAAGUGCAAUAUCUCGUUAUUGAUGAAAUUAGCAUGUUAAGUAGCAGACUAUUUACACGUUUAGAACUUAUAGCCACUGAGUGUCGCCGUUCAAUGGACAAAAUUUCCGAACAAAAAGCUUUUGGUGGCAUCCAGUUGGUUAUCUUCGGCGACUUUUUUCAACUUCCACCUGUUGUUCAUCCGUCUGAGUCUAAUAAUAAAUUUGCAUUCCAAUCAUCUUCUUGGGCUAAAUGUCGUUUUCGAGUGAUUGAACUUACUCACUCUUGGCGACAGUCAAAUGAUCCAAAGUUGGCUCAUUUACUAUCAGUAAUUCGUGAAGGUCAGUGUCCACAAUGGGCUGUGGAAAGAUUGCGAUCUCGUUUGGUUUCUGAACUAGUUAACCAUCAAAAUAAACCCAAAGUUAUAGCGACACGUUUAUGUACUCAUCGCGCAGACGCUGAUGCCUGGAAUCAACGCAAGUUAAGUGAACUGCCAGGUUCAUGUAAAGUUUAUCGAUCUCAAGACAAGGGAGUUGGAAAAGGUAUCUCAACCACAAUAGAUUCAUCUUGCCCAGCUCCUGCUGUACUGAAUUUAAAAGUUGGUGCUCAAGUAAUGCUACUAAGAAACUUGGAUACUAGCCGUGGACUGGUCAACGGAGCACGAGGCGUAGUAGAAAAGAUAAAUAAUGAUACUGGUCUUCCUGAAGUUCGAUUCUAUCCUGCAAAAGCGAAUGGAUCUAAUGGCAUCUUACACGUUGUACAAAUUGAAAAGUGGACUAUUCGUGGGGUUGAUGCAGAGGAAAUCGCAAGUCGACGUCAAUUACCACUAACUCUGGCUUGGGCAAUAUCCAUCCAUAAAAGUCAGGGGAUAACAUUGGAAUAUGCAGAAUUAGCUCUGUCAAAGGUAUUUGAAUGUGGACAAGCCUAUGUGGCUCUUAGUCGUUGUCGCAAUUUAAAUGGUUUAUAUUUACUCGAUUGGCGCCCUGAAGUGAUUCGUGCAGAUCCUAAUGUGAUAAAAUUUUAUGCCAAAAUCAGAGAGACCAAUAAUGAAAUUAAAAACAAGAUUACAUGA